CGCUCGCUGCUCACCCGAGCCAGCCGUCAGUCCGUUGGCGUUUCCUACCGCACCUUCCUGACCACUGCUACACGCCGGGCAGACCCCGUCCAGGACCUUUACCUCAAGGAACUCCGCGCCUACAAGCCCAAGCCCAUCAAGCCCGGUGAUGCCGAUGCCCACGUCCAAAAGUUCAGCGCUCCCAAGCCCCCUCCAUCCCCCGAAGAGUCCAACAUCGCCAACGACCUGAAAGCCUACGAGACCCAGGAAGUCGAGGUUGAAGGCCAGGCCGCAGCCGGCGAAGCUGCCCCCAAGGAGGAGAGCUGGUUCGAAGAGGAUGUGGAAGAUGCGCAACCCGCUUCUCACUAA